AUGCUCAAAGCUCUGUUACUGUGCAACAAUCCCGUGUACAUUGGCAUCAGUGUCGACGGGCAGAGGUCUCGCGUGAAACACAAGGAUAACGUCAUUACAAAACUACUGGAGAAUUUGAAACACUGGCCUUUUCUGGAACAGCUGGACAUCGAUGCAGCAAUACCUAUUCAUCCCGCAGACCGUGUAUCGGUUCCCUCACACAAGCCUCCCCUGAGAGAUGUUUGCAUUCAAAUCAUCCGCUGUAUCACAGCUUUCCAGUGCAGAGACCCGACGCCUCAGAUGCUCAAGGUGCAGAUCGCUACGGACUUCAUAAUUGACUUUCAGCUUCGAAAGAAUCUCGAAUCCCAGCAUUAUUCCUUUAUGUCGCGUCAUAUCUCUGACGCAGCUAGGCGUGUCAUCAAAGAGACACGAAACCUCGCAGAUAUCGGAAGAGUGAGCGAAGACGAGUAG